GUCGUUCGGUAUCGAUCCUGCCGAAGGACGGGGGCGCGUGCGCGGUGCGCUAUCCCUUCGCUGAAUCGCGGCGUCCAGACGCAUUUCAAUCGGGGAGUGGUGAGUUAUAUCCCAUUAGAAAAAAACAAAACCGAAAUAAGAGCCAAAGCGCGAUUCGACGACGGGCGCCGGGACGCCGUUUUCGGUCAAGGUGGUGCAACGAUGAGUGCAAACGAUUUCCGCGAUUUCCUCCGAAGCCGUCCAUGUUAGAUUCGUCGAGGGGGUGAGUGCGGUCUCGGCGCGUCCGGGUCGGCGUCCACCGGUUCGCGGACGGAGCGUCGCGCUAGCCAGCACCCUGGUCCGUCGAAGGACCUCUGGUGUCCUGCAGGUUGUUUACCUGUGGCUCCAACUUGUUGCUGCCCAACUGGGUGCGAAGCUGUUUGUUUUCCGCUCGACCGCCCGCGUCCUCGCCUCCUCUGGAUACGUUCUCGAUACAUAUUUUUUUUUUCUUCCGGGGGCGGUUUUUCCGGUGAAUCGAUCCGGACGACAUGCCACGUUGCUACAUGGUGAAGAAGCAGAGCAACAAGUAUUCGGUGCAGAAGGAGUUUUGGGACCAAAACAGUUCUUCGUCUUCGUCUAAUGGAGCGCCCGAGAGCCCGACGGAGGGGUGCGUCGCGCCGCUGUGUUACACACCGCUCACCAGUCGAACAAAUCCGUCGCCAGACUUCGUUCCCAACGGCACUACGCUCAACGAAUACCAAGACGCCGACGGCGCCGAGCCCGUGUCGAUAUCGAAGCGCAGCGCCGAAGAAACGGAGGCGGCCCACGACCUGCUGUCGCUCUCCCAAAGCCUACCGCCUCUGCCGGCGCCCAGCGUGGUGAUGAUCCACCAGUCCGAACCGCACCCACCCAGCCCCACGCACACCUACCGCCCGCUGUCGCCCGACGCCGCGGCGCCCACAUCCAAACCGGAGAAGCGGCAAGUUUCUGUGAUACAGCACGCGCCCGUCGCUCCCGCGCCCCAGGUCGUGGUGCCCUGCUACGCCGCCUCGCCCAUCGUCUACGUGGUGCAGGUGCCCGCCGCCGUUCCCACGCCGCCCACCUCCGAGUGCUCCUCCGACGUGGAGAACGUCCAGCUGUGCGCCGCCGUGCGCCGCGACGCGCCCCUCCCCGACGACGACAUCAUCAUCCUGCCGCUGUCGCCCGAGCCGGAGACGCAGCAGAAGCUCCAGAACGCCCAGCUCCUCAUACCGGACAGGCGGAAAAAGAGGAACCGGCGCACCAAUAAAAGCACCAGAAGCAGUCAGGAUGAGGAUAACAGCAGCGCUGAUGCUCACGUUAGGAACACGAAUACGAAAUUCUACAAGGUAGUUGAAGAGGAGGAAGAGCAGGAGAUCGACGUGGAGAGUACCGACGACGGGCAGAAGAGCCGGUACGCGUGCAACGUUUGCGGCAAGCAAUACGCCACCUCCAGCAAUCUAUCCAGGCACAAGCAGACCCACAGGAGCCUGGACUCGCAGUCGGCGAAGAAGUGCAUGACCUGCGGCAAGGCGUACGUCAGCAUGCCGGCGUUGGCGAUGCACCUGCUGACGCACAAGCUGGCCCACAGCUGCGGCAUCUGCGGCAAGCAGUUCUCCAGGCCGUGGCUGUUGCAGGGCCACCUCAGGUCGCACACGGGGGAGAAGCCCUACGGGUGCGCCCACUGCGGCAAGGCCUUCGCCGACAGGUCGAACCUGCGGGCGCACAUGCAGACGCACUCGAACGACAAGAACUUCAGCUGCAACAAAUGCCACAAGACGUUCGCGCUGAAGAGCUAUUUGAACAAGCACUUGGAGUCGUCGUGCACGCUGUGGGACUCGAGGCAGCAGCGGUUCAAGAAGACGGUGCACGCCGAGACGCAGACGCAGACCGUCAGCGUCGAUUGAAGGAACUGCGGAAUUUCGUUGGGUUUUUUUUUGGUCGAACGUGCUCAAUUUUUUUGGGUUUUGGGUUUUUUAAACGUUUAGAUUAGUGUCGGUUUUUAUGCUAUUGAUGCUGCGCAGCAUGGAGUUGAUACAAGCUUGAUUCGAUUAAUGAGCUUUUAUUAUUAUUUUUUUAAAGGAAUCAAAAUAGUUUUUACCAGAAUCGCAUAGAGGUGAAGGCCGGGUAUUAAAUGACAAGGUGAAUUUUUUGUCAUUACUAUCUAGUUCACUAAAAUUACUAACUGUCAACUGACAGUUGAUAUGUAAAGAACACGUUUCAAUGACAUUACCUACGUCAUAUACUUCGGCCAACUUCGUAAUAAAAAAAAUUAACUAUUUAUACUAAAUAAUAUACUUUUUACAGAAUUUUCCAAACAAAACUAAAAAUCAACGUUGCGUAGAAAUUCUUCACGCAUAAUAUUUUGUGAUAUGUUUUUAUUUUACGUGCAAUUUAUUAUUUAUUCAUUCAAUUAUUUAUUUAUUUAUUUAUUUAAUUUAUUAAUUAUAAUAAGGAAGUUAAAGACUUAGAUCCGUUAGCCCGGCAAUAAAAAGCAAUACAAAAAAUACUAUAAAACGCUUAUACUCGUACGUAAAAAUAUUCCGAGGAAGAAGAAAACUAUUUGAGAAUUUAAAAUGAAAGCAACGAAAUAGUUGUAGAAGUCAAUUGAUAAAUAAAAUUUUAUCGUAUAUAUUUAAUAUUAUGAUAACCUCACUCUAUUAUACAUUUUAUGAAUUCCAAAAACCGAAAUAUCCAAAAUACCUGUCUAGUUAUAAAAAUUAAAUAGGUUUAGUCGCCUAGUCCAAACACUUGAUAUUUCAUUCAUAACUACGAGUAUUGUAUCGAAUAUUUCGUGAUCGAUUAUUCGAACAAAAAAAUGAACGGAAUAUUUGAUAAAAUCGAUACGAUAAUCACCAAAAUUUUUAUACCUUUUUAGUUCAGGACAAACAACGAACGUUUUAUUACAACUAUUAAUUAACAAAGAUGGUGAAGAAAAAAAAAGACAUUGAAUGUCUAGAUGAGCAUAAAGCGUAUAUUUUUGAAUUGUGUAUUUUGCUAUUUAAAAUAAUAAAAACCAAAAACGAGCGGAACGUAUACAUUCAAUGUUUUUUAUGUAAAUAAUUAUAAACAAAUUGAUUAAAAGAGAAUCAACACGAAACGAAUUGAAAUAGAUCAAUUUCGAUUUUUUCGUUUUUAUCGAACGAAAUGGGACCAAGUUAAAGCUUUUUCUAAAACAAAAUAAAAAAAAUCUCUCAUUGCUGUAUCUAAUUCUCGCGGAACCUAUGACAAUAUAAAAAACAUAUCUUUGGAGUACAAAAUCAAUUUUGUUUCGACGAUGCUGAAACGAGCGCUGAAAGGAUGCAAACCAGGAACAAUUAGGUACAGUAUCCUCAAGAAUAAUUUCCUAUAUGAAAAGAAUCGAUCAAAGUCUCAUGCGUUUCCGUGAAUUUUCCGAUUAUUUCAAUUCGUUCGCCGAGAAACACUAGUCAUUGUCCGUGGUAAGCGUAUUUAUUAAGUUAAAAGCCAUGUUUUGAUAUAUCUAUACAUGAUAAAUAGUACUCCGAAACGGGUACCGAAUUUUUGUAAGACAUGCAUACCCUAUCGAAAGUUUAACCGAAAAGAUCAGAUUUCGAUUCGAUUAGCGUCAAUCGAAAAUCAAUCGAUCGGAUCGAUAUCUCGGCAUCGAGAACAUUAACGUUUGUGAUAGUUACGCGAAAAAAAAAUUAACAAAAAUUUAACGUACGAUAAGUAAGCUUUCGAAAAUUCAUGGAUAUUCGAGCGAGUCGACGAGGGAUCCAACGGAAACCAUCCGUUUCCACGCCCCAAUUACCGAAAACCCCGAGCAAAACACAACAAAAUCAAGACCAGAUUCAACCCGAUAUUAAUUUUAAUCUUCCUCCCAAUUGGAUUAAACUACAACAAGGCUCUCGUUUUGCAGCGCAACUCGAGAAAAUCAGUCGAUUAAUAAUCGAUUGUUAGGUACUAAUAUAGGGGGUGAAAGGAUUGCAUUAACUGUGUAAAUUUUCACCUGUAUGUGUUUGGAAAAAAAACGCGUUGAAAAUUACGAAGCCAAGUUAUCGUCCAUCAGGGGAUGCUCCGGCUGUGUUGGAAACAAAAGGGAAAUUUACGCAAUACAAUGGGGUUGCGCAAUAAUAAAUGAAAUAUGCGAAAUCCGCGGUGGUUUCGUUUAUGGAUCGUUUUGAAAUUUACAUCGGCCUCGUUAAAAUAACGGCGCGUAUUUUCGCUCGAAUAUUUAUGAAUUUUUCAUUUAUACAUUUAACAAAAUAACGCACCUAAAGCUUAUUAUACUAACUAUACAGCUAGAUGAUAACGAUAGAAAUUUAUAUACACAUAUUUUUAAAAUUUAAAGAUUUUUCGGGUCUUCCGGUAUAUUAUUCGACACCACUUGGUUUUUAGAGAUUUAGAGCGUACGAUACAAAAAAUGACGUGCGCUCUAUAUAAAUUUAGAGCGUUUAGUACGUGCUGUAAAUUUAAUCGCAAUGAAAAGCAAUAAAGGUUUUUGGAGUGAAAUUUUUUGAGGUAGUAUUUUCUUAGAUGAAUUCUAGAUAGUAUAGUGUAUGCAUGUUGUUUAUUUAGAGCAUCUAUAUAUAAUAUAUAUUAUAUAUAUUAUUAUUCGUUCACUCUAGCCCGAUGAAGCAAUAAAAUAUUUUUAAUCUU